AUGCUUUUAAUUGAUAUAGAUGGUCCUGACAUAGUUUUGGUGAAUCCUGAAUACACGGUAAUCAAUGUUACAGAAGGAACUGUAUUAGGCCCUAUACAUUGCACUGCCGAUUGUAAACCGAAUUGUAUAUUCAAUUGGAAAUUUAGCACAUCAAGGCAUUUUGAACUCCUCCAUACAAAUCCGAUUCUAACUGUAGCAGACAUAGAGAAGAAUCAGUCUGGUACCUACCGCUGCAGUGCUGUUCAUCCUUAUGAUAAAACCAUCAUGAAAAUGAUAGAUCUAGAAGUAAAUGUACAAUAUUCCUCCCAAAUUAGAGAACUUUGGUUAAGUGAAAAAAUUGAAACAAAUGAAUGGAGUAACGCUACAAUCUAUAGUUUCAGUGAAGACGUCAAUCUCAAGAUAAGAUUGAGUAUUGACAGUAAUCCAGAUCCACAAUUAGCAUUAAGAACAUCUCUGAAAACAUUUCCACCAUUACGUUAUACGAAAAGCGGUCUUGAGUUUUUAUCAGAACUGCCUGCUCUCCAAUGUGAAGAUUCAGGAAACUAUACUAUACAAGCUAGCAAUGGGAUUAAAUAUGGAGAUACCAGAACAGUAAACUUGAUAAUAUAUUGUAAACCUCGGAAUGUCACAGCAGAUUUAAAAAUAAUUAAAACAAAAGUGAACACAACUGUAAAUAUAGUAAUUCAAGUAGUUUCAUUCCCGGAGCCAACUGUGCACUGGACUCGUUCGACUGAAUUUGUCUGGAUGGUUCAAAAAGAUAGAAAGGAUUUCAGAUAUAGAAUGUAUUCCUCUAUACAUAUUGAUUCGACAGAUGACGUUGGUGACUAUGGAAUUCAUCUUUGCAAUAGAUUCGGAUGUAUUUUAGAAAAUAUAACUGUAACACUUGAAGAUGAUGUUAUAGCUGUCACUAAUAAAUACCCAGGGAUGUUUGUAGCAGGAAUAACAACUUUGGUGGUUGGUUUGAUCGUCUUAAUUCCCGGAGCGAUUUUCGUUAUUCGCAAAUGUAUUUCAGGUUUGAGAACCAAGAAAACAAUAUCAGUUGAAUCGGAUGAAUAUAUAAAAGUACACAGAAGCAAUCCGACGGUUUCAGAACCAUAUUCAACCUUGCAGCCUCAAUCGGAGUCAAGACCUCUCCAAGAGCCCAGUAAUGAUACAUAUGAAGAAUGUGGAAUGACCACUGCAGUGGAUUUCUAUCAAAACGUUGAAGAGGGACCAGGGAAAGAGCAAACAACAACAACCAAUUGAUGAAUGCUGUUCACUACAUAUACUGAGUUUAGAUCUGAUAAAUACAUUUUACUUAAUAUGUCAUAAUUUAAAGUAUGUUAUGUGAUCAUAUGUAUCCUUCCAGGUGAAUUGUAUAUAAGUGUGUGUGUGUUUAUGUGUAUAAAAUGUCUCAGCGAAGAUUGAAUAGUUGAAAUAGAAUAUAAAA